AUGGAGAAGUACGCAAAGCACAUGAAUGCGCUAGUGUUUUUCGCGUUGCUUCUUCUCGGAUCCUUUGCAGUUCAUGCGCAGGGUGAAGGCAUCGAUGAAACAGGUGCUCCAGCUCCAGCUUUCGCUCAACUAGGAUCAUCAGCACGGUGUGCUGAAUCAAACCAACGCCCAUGCGGUGACAACUGCUAUUGCUGCGUCAAUGGCGGCCGUUGCCCUCAUUGCUGCUUUGCUACACUUGCUCAGUGCAGUAAAGCCUGUUAA